AAAAAAUAUAAAUAUAACAAAAUAAGUCCUAAAAAAAUCUAAAAAAAAAAUUCUUGGAUUAAAACGCUGGGUCUAUUACCUCAAUGAUGGCCAAGAAUUGCGAUGGACGAUCUUGCUGAUCAAAUCGACGAUUUCAUUUGUAGUUUUGAAGGAGCAGGAGAUCUAACAAUGGAUACAAUAGCCAUGUUGAUAUUUUGCUGGUCCCUAGUUGCCUUGUUCCUAGUCUGGCUAGGAAAAUUUGUCUAUCACAGAUUUGUGAAAAAGACGCCAAUUGGUGCCACUGAGGAUGCUAAGACUAAAGAUGCAAUUGCUAAGAAAACAGAUGGUGACAAAGUUGGUGAAACACAAUUAGAGAAUGGAGGAGUUGGAGCGGUGGCAGUGCCAUCUGUGGAAAGCAAAAUUGAAGCCAAGGUUGUGCAGAAAAAGAAAUCAGGUUACGUUCCACCCACUCCUCCGACCCGCAAGCGCCUCAGUAGAAAAUCUCCGGGUCCGGAGUUGAGAAAAUCGUCUUCCGCCAGCCACCUGACGCCCCCGCCUUCGUGCGCUGGUCCGCAUGCGGCAAGUGUGCGCUGGGUUAACGAACUAUUCCAUUGGCUCUAUGCCGACCAAGUCAUUUCUGGUGAAGUGCUGCAGCAAUGGCUAGCAGUUGUAAAUGAGCAAGGAGUUAAAGGAGGAUUGGAGGAGCAUGGUGUUGGGGUCGAGCUGGUACGACUUCUUCCAGAGACACCAGCACCACACAUAAACAAUGUUUUUGCUGAAAAUUUGGGACAAGAAGUUAUGGUGACAAUGGAUAUAGAAACUACUCCAGUAAUGCAGAUGAAAGCAUAUAGGCUUAAAUCAGGGAAGACCGAAACAUCACACUACAGAGUCAAUGUAAAUCGUUUCCGAGGUAGACUCAGUGCCAAAAUGGACAGACACCACUUGAAAGGAGAAAUCAAACCUGAAGGAUGGCCUGAUGUACGUGUUUCAUUAGCACCUAUUGGUGCUAUAAGGACAGGAGAGGACGAAAAUCAUCUGCAGGAACUCAUUACUGAGAUUAUAACCAGUGCAUUGCGGUGCACGGUUGCUCCUCUCGACUUCAGUGUGUAUCCGACUUGUCCAAGGUUCCCAGAAGCUGCCAAUAGUACUGGAUCACCUUUACAACCUGGUCUUCUAAAUUUAGAUGGAUUCAAUUCCACCACAAAUUCUGUUUCGGCCGCCGGAAGGCGUUUGCUGGUGAAAGUGGUUCGUGGUGAGGGUCUUGGAGGACCCGAACCUUCCGCUGGUGCACUUUUAGAACCCUAUUGCGUAGUUGAAAUGGAUGAACCACCUCAGCGCAAUCAAACUGGUGUCAGGCAAGGACCAAAUCCAUUUUGGGAUGAACAUUUUUUAUUCGACAUCUCUCCAAACACUGCCGAGUUACUUUUCGAAGUUUACGACCGCCAUCCUAGCAAAGAUUCUGCUGCCGGAACUAACGGACUUAAACCAGGAGAAUCGCCGACGGAACCAGGAAUGCCCAAAUUUUUGGGAUUGGGUCUUGUUGGAGUCGAUGAGUUAACGGUGGGUCCAGCCAGUUGCCAAGUUUUGACCUUACAGCCUAAGCCUUAUGAGCAGGAAAAAGUUUUUGGAGCUAUUACUGUUGAGUUUGUAUUCAUCGAAGGAGCCGAAGUUCCAGCAGGAAGGAGGCCAUAUAAAUUAAAAGAGGCACUUCAUUUGCAAAACAAGAGCCCUACUAGUACUUCUGGUAUGCGCUUAUCUGAAUUAUGUACAUAUGCAUUUGUAUUUAAAGGUUCUCCAACAAAUGCUGUGGAUUUAGCUGAUUCAGCCAUACGUGCUAUAGAAUCAGGAGUUACGGCUGGUCCUAAUGUUAAUAAAAGCACUCUUAUUAUUCACAGCGUUCAGAGACAGCAGUCACAAAGGCAAAAAACACUGAAGGUUGAAAUGACCGAAGAAGGCAGUUUUAUUGAAGUUGAACCUAAAAUUGAGCUCACCACAUCAACUCCUGAAAAUCAUGUGGAAAAUGGUACAGCUAUUACUCAAGAGACUGUAAUAGCACAAAAUGUUGAAGUCAAGCCAGAAACAAACCAUACUAAUGGAACAACACCUACUACACCAGAUAGCACUAUGGUCAACGAUGACAGAGGUCGAGGCCGGAGGAAGAGGGACUUCUUUGGAACGAUCAAGAGGAGAUUGGGUAGAUCAAAGAACCGAUCUAAAUCUAUGGACCGGGCAAUGGCGAUUGGAGCUGAAGCAGAACCAGGAAUUGAAUCCAGGUCCAUAAGUGCAGAUAGAGGACAACUUAAUACCAGUUCACCAGGAACCCAUCUCGGGUUGGGUCGCUUGUCAGUGCCCCAAGAUUCAUCAAGAAGGUCUUCAAUCUCAGAAGGUUCAGCCAUUUCUGGAACCUCCGUCAGGACAUACGUAAACGAGGCUUCCACUUUGGUUCUGGAGACUUUGGAGAAUGGAGUUAGAAGACACUUCUUGGUUCCAGUAGCCGUUGCCCAGAGACCCAGAUGGAGGCGCAAAGGAACCAAGUUGCAUAUUUAUAAUGAUCAUACAUUUGUAGCCAAACAUUUGAGUGGUGGUCAACUGUGCACCAUUUGCCAAAGGUCCAUACCGAGAAGACCAGGAAAACAAGGUUACGAAUGCCGUGAUUGUAAUCUGAGGUGCCACAAACAAUGCCACGUGAAGGCACCACAACUGUGUCCAAACCCCACAGUUUUGUCGAUCGAAUUAUCAAAGCUAAACUCGCCAUUGGCUGACAGACACAUCAGGAAAUUAUAGAAAAUUUAUUUCAAAUUAUGAUCAACAGGUAUUUCAAACUGUGGAAGUGUGAUGGAAUUUAUUUUUAGUAAAAAUGAUUCAGGUAAAAUGGUUGUGUAGAAAAUGAAGAUUUAAGUAUAAUUAUUAACUUAUUAUUAAUAGUUAAUUAAUGAACUAGACGAGAUUUUUUAAGAAAUCAGAUGACUUACCUAAAACGAAAAAAAUUUUAAAAUCAUUUUAUCACACAAAAAGGUAAGAGCAAACAAUGACUUUUAUUUGAAGUCAAAAAAGGGAAUUUAAUUAUAACAACGUUUUGUGUAAGUUGUUAAAAAUUUUGCCUUGUAAUGCAUUAGUAUUCUAUUAAAAUUAAAACCCUUCCAGCUUUUAGUACUUAUAAUUGAAACCAUUAUGUUCGAUAAUCGCCCACAAAAAGCUUCCAUUACGCCCACAUUUGUGUAUAUGUGAUGAGAAACACGUUUUGACGUGUAAAUCAGAUGAGAAACGCGUUUUGACGUGUAAAUCAGACGAGAAAUACGUUUUGACGUCUAAAUCAGAUGAGAAACACGUUUUUUAUUUGUAACAAACCAUAUAAAACAGUUCUGCCAUGAAUUUUUCAAAUUUUCCAUAAUUUUGAAAACAAAUAUUGUCCGGUCCAUCUAGAAACAAGAUUUGAAUAUUGCUGGUUACGAUACAUUUCUAUUAGGGUAAUUUGCACUUAUAAAAAUAGUAUAUCAUUGUAUGGAAAUUAAGGUACAUAAUUUAUAAAAAGAACUUCUGGUAUCUCUACUUUAGUUGCCAAGUGUGUAGUCCCAAAAAGCAUGUUUCUUACGAGUUCCUUCGUUUUUUUUUGUUUCUAUGACACGCUUCGUCUAGAAUAGAGUCCUAGGAUUAUCUGUAUCUAAAUAAGAUAGAAUCCUAGGAUUAUCUAUAAACUAUUGCAAAUCAAUUGCAGAAAUUGUGUUCAUCAAAAAUAUUAAUUUUACUUGGACAAAUGCACUUUCAUAUUUCUGCAUGACAUCGGUCGUCAAUGAUGUAAUAUUCAUAAAUUUUUAUUUAGCAAUGUACAGAAACAUCAACAAGUACAUCACACUUUCACAGUCUAUUUUUGUUUUCACGUAUAUAUUUUAAUUAGUUAUUAGAAAUCUUGAA